AUGGAGGACGAGAUUGAGCCAGAUUCUCAUACCGGGUAUUAUUCUUCCAGCUUCUAUGCCGAUCUCGACGUGCGUGAUUGGAUAUUCCCCCACAGAGUCAAGGACAUCUCUCACGAAGAGAUAUGGAACUCGCACAAAUCGCUCAGCUCGAGGGAUUGCUACCAGUACGAGUCGCUGGAAGCCCGUUCAGACGCGUUCCGGCUACUAUACAUCGACAUCGGCGAUGACUUGGAACCUAUUACCUGCAGUUUGCAAGUAGCCCGCCCUGGAACCUCUUAUUCCGCCAUCUCCUACAUGUGGGGUACAGACACACGCUCUUUACCGAUCCAGAUUGACGAGCAAACAUUCCUGGUGUCGGAAAAGCUGUGGUGGGGAUUAUGGCAUCUGCGGCGGCCAAGAGGGGUUGGGGGCGAGCGAUGGCAGGGGCCUCAGGGUCCUUUUUGGAUAGAUGCUAUAUGUAUCAACCAAGCAGACUUGAUAGAAAGAAACCAGCAGGUAGCUAUAAUGGGCGAUAUUUACGGCGGGGCCGAUCAUGUUUACAUCUGGUUUGGACGCGACACUGCUGGCGGCGGGCUCUAUAAUAUGCUAUCGGAUCUACAGAUACUUGUGCAUGAUCAUGAAACGAACAGCGCGCUAUCUGGACUUGCGCUCUUUUUCGAGAAUGAAUAUUGGAGGAGGGUGUGGAUUGUGCAAGAGCUGAUCCUUGCUCGCGACGUCUUGGUGAUAUAUGGGUUUUAUGUUAUACCCUGGAAGAUUCUGGAGGACGCGUUUCGACUAUUGGAGGCCAAGACGGAGUUCUCUAGAUCAAGCCAUCCUUUGUUGACUAGUCCCGCCGCUAAAAUUAUCAAGCUGCGGAUGAGGCGAGACGCGGGUGCUGAUUUGCUGUCGUAUUGGGCCAUGUUCGAGGACAGUCGGUGCUCCGAUCCACGGGACAAGGCCUUUGGGUUUCUAGGUUUGAAUGGCAAGCUAGCGAGCCACCGAAAUACCCUCCAGGAACUCAAGGCCGACUAUAUGGUAUCCUUAGUCGAACUCUUCCAGCAGAUGCUCGGACUGAGGAGAUACGGCGGCUCCGAGGAAUGGGUAUCUGCCUCUCACACCGAGAGACAGCUCGAGACGUAUGAUCCACGCCAUCGGGAUGCUUCUUGGAAACAGAAAAUGAGUCAGUGCCGGGAUAUUAAAGACAGAGAAACCCACGACUAUCAUCAAUUAGCAAUCGCCUUCAGCCAGUUCUUUUGUCGUCUCCUCUUUGGAGAUAUCCCGUCCGCUCCCAAACCAGAAUUCCUCACUCAACAACCAUUCUCAUCGGAACGAGAACUGUUCCAAUGUGAAGGUUAUAUCGUUGGCAUAUUAAAAAGUGACCUGGGACCGUCCGGCAUCUCCGAAAUCAGUGAAAGCGACCGGAGACGGCUCGGGCCAUGGCAUCGCCAACACCCAGAUAUAAGCAAAGAAGAGAGUAGUACGUGUAGCUCACGAGACUUCAUAUUCAGUCAGCAAUGGGAAGAUCAGAAACCGCCCUUUGAUUGGGAUUUCAAUGCCACACAUAUACACCACUCGUCAUGCGGACAGCCGGUGAUGGCUUGUUCUACCACCACAGGUUGCGAUCACAAGCCCGAGCCCCGAGUGUUUGAAACAGACACCAGGCUGAGGCUACAUACAGUGGGUGAUGCUCGCCCGGGUGACUCCCUAUGUCGCUUUGCAAAGUGCGACGUGGCCGCUAUCUUCCGCCAUAUGAGAGAUUUGGAAGACCACAAGCUCUACAGAGGAGCUCCCAUGAACCGAACCCGAAAAGAAUACCAUCUCGUCGGUCGUGCUAUGGUAAGCAUGGGUGAAGGGGAGGUACCGACGAGGUUGCACGAACAUACGGCACGAACCUUUCGACACAGCGUGCUUGACCUUGGACGUGACAAAAACAAUACGGCCAUUAUGGAGCAGUACUUUGAUGCCAAAACCUUGCGUUACCUUACAGGUUGA